AUGGAGAAAUUAAAACAAAUAAAUCGUAAAUGUAAACGAUUUUCAGCACGCUUAAAGACUUCAAAGGGAGUUUUAUGUGUUGAAACACCAAGUACUAACAUAGUGUUGUGUAACGUAGGCCAGGCUACUGGCUUCCUUAAGGAAGAUGCUAACAAUCUCCUACAGGAGCUUCCCACAGUGGACUUACUUAAAUACAUUGCUGCAAAAGGCGAAUCACACUCUUUUUUAGUGUUUGCUGAUGUUGAAAGUUCUCGACUGUUUCAUGAAGCUCACAAUGGUAAAGCAAAGGCGAUGAAUGGAACAGUGAUUUAUAUGAAUUAUGUUGAAGGAGUUCCAAGUGAUGAGAUACUUUGCACAGUAAAUCCACCAAAAGGACUUAAAAUAAUACCUGAUUUUAUUACAAUUGAAGAAGAAAAAGAAUUUAUAACACUAUUUGAUUGGAUAGAUGAGUCUAACCUAAAGAAUCGACAAGUAAAACAUUAUGGGUAUGAAUUUAGAUAUGGCAGCAAUGAUGUGGAUUUAAACGCCCCCUUAGAUAAAGAAAUUCCUCCUCAGUGUGACAUUUUAUGGGAUAGAUUGAGAGCUCAAGGCAUUGCUAUAAAUGUACCAGAUCAACUUACUGUAAAUAAAUAUUUGCCAGGACAAGGAAUUCCAUCACAUGUUGAUAGACACAGCCCCUUUGGGGACACAAUUUUAUCUCUGUCACUAGGCUCAGAUGUUGUUAUGGACUGGAAGCAUCAUAGUAAUAAAUAUGUACCCAUUGUGGUGCCUGCUCGGUCUAUGCUUGUUAUGCAGGAGGAGGCAAGAUAUGACUGGCAACAUGCUAUUCAACCUCGUACAUGGGACCCUAUAGUACAAAUCAGAAAACACGAAAGAGUUAUAACUGGCGAUACCAGACCUCGAGACACAAGGAUAUCUCUUACUUUCCGUAAGACAAGAGAGGGACCGUGUGAAUGUUGUUAUAACAUUUUGUGUGACCGAUUUAAAAAAGAUGGGGAGUUAGACAAUGUAUUAGCAUCGCAUUUAGAGGAAUUGCAUGUACAUCAGGUGUAUGAACAAAUAGCAGGCCACUUUAGUACGACGCGUCACAAGCGCUGGCCUCGGGUUGAUGAAUUUUUGCAGAGCAUACCCUCUGGAGCAGUGUUACUAGACCUUGGGGCCGGAAAUGGCAAGAAUAUAUUGAACAGGAAUGAUAUCCUACAGAUAGCAGGCGAACGUAGUGCAGGGUUGUUAUUAGAAUGUUCGGCGCACACACGCGCUAUAUCUGGCUCGGAUUGUGUCAGACUUGACUUACUUCAUUCGCCGUUAAGGGACGAGUGUGCGGACGUCAUUAUUUGUGUCGCUGUCAUACACCACUUUUGUAGCGAGGCAAGAAGAAAACAAUCGAUCCUUACGAUCGCGCGUCUUCUCCGUCCUGGAGGUGUUGCCCUCAUCACAGUAUGGGCCAAAGACCAGACCAAAUCGAACUACUUGGACACAAACAAGGAAAACCGCGAUACAGACCUAGUGACCACGAUUGGGGGUGUAAAUCUUCCAAUACACGAAAAUAGAACACAAUUUCAGCAUUCAGAUCUCCUAGUUCCGUGGAAGUUGAGGCAAAUCCGGGAUAAAAAGUUAACGAAUACGUCCGACACAUUUUUAAGGUAUUACCACGUGUUCGAAGAUGGCGAAUUGGAUGAUUUGUGUAAACCCGAACUCAAGAUUGAGAACAGUUUCUAUGAGGAAGGGAAUUGGUGUGUUGUUUGUAAGAAAUUGUAA